AUGAAGUCCUUCGGAGUUGUCCUUCUGCUUGCUUUCUGGAAUGUUGAAGGUGAAUAAACGGAAGAAUCACUUCUGCUAAACGGUUUUUCAGUGUUCUCGGUGCCAAGCAUCAAAUGGAAGUGCCUUGACGCAUUCAACAAGUUUCGCUCGGAUGCUGCCGUCGGAAAGCUCAACAAUCUGAUUCAUAACAUUGCGGAGAAGUCGAUGGAUGAUAAAGUGAAAGGAUAUCCGGAUUUAGACGAGAGCAACCGGCAAAAGUCGUUGAAGAUAUUGCAGAUGAAAGUGGGUCCAAUGGCGAAUGUGAAGAAGUUGGUAAGAUUUGUGCAAACGUUACAUUAGCCAAUAAACAUUCAAGAUUUGGGAUGAGGAACUGGAAAAGUCGGCUAAUAGAACGGGCCAAACUUGCCCACAAAUCGGAGGAAAACGAGGAGAGAAAUAUCGAGAGUUUUCACUGUACUACUCAACUUCUGCAAAGGAAGAUCUGAAAGAAACGAUAACUGAAAACCUGAAUUUCAUGGCUCCUUGGAUGAUUUCUGUCAUGCCACCCGACGUCAACACCACACUCUACUACUACGUCGCCGGCGAGUUCUUCUGGGCCACGCGAGAACGCAUCGGAUGUGCAAUUGUGAAGUGCGGUGAUCGGAAAUUGUUGGAGUGUCACAUGGCGCCGGGGUUAGUGGUUGCACGCAUGUGAGAAGGCGGACAUAUCUAUUCGGUUUUAGGAAUACUCUCGAAGGAACGCCGUUCAUUGAAGGAAAACCGUGCAGCAAGUGCGAAGACGGAUACGUUUGUGAAAAUGAAUUGUGCACUCGCGAACGUAUUAUGGCAAAAGGAGAGAAGUCGAGUUCGGCUGCGACGAAUCAUUGGAUAAUGCGCUCUUUUUUUACUUCUAUACCUUCUAUGCUCUAUUUCGUUUGA